CUGGCCAUUGACGACACGCCCGGAUCCACUUCCAGCUCCCUGUUGGCAAAGCCACAGCACCCACCACUUUCCGCUGCUGCAGAUUUGUGCAACGGAUAUGUAGUGCGGAACGGUCGAGCCCCUCUCCGUCGUGAGACCACCGACGCCGCCGCGAACCAAUCACGGCGCUCGGUUAGGAUCGCGUGUUCGGCUGUGUUAAGUGAAAGGACAGAGACCUAA